AUGGUAGACAGGGAUCCAGGUACUCCCACCUGGAAGUUCACGCAAUGCUUUGGUGAUAAAGGAGAUGUGGAGGACAUCACGGAAGCCGAUAUUAUUUCGACCGUCGAGUUCGACCACACCGGAAACUACUUAGCUACAGGUGACAAGGGAGGACGAGUGGUGUUGUUCGAGAGGAAUGAAACGAAAAAAACCUGUGAAUACAAGUUCCACACCGAAUUCCAGUCGCACGAACCGGAGUUUGAUUACCUGAAGUCUCUGGAGAUCGAAGAGAAGAUCAACAAGAUUAAGUGGUGCAGGCGGCAGAAUGCAUCCCAUUUCCUUCUUUCGACGAACGAUAAGACGAUAAAAUUGUGGAAGGUCUUCGACAAGUCCUUGAAGGUUGUUGCAGAGAACAACCUCUCGAGCGAGCUGACUCCCGCGGGUGUGGGUGGUGGCGGCGCGCCCCGUGCGCCCCGACUCAACUUCAAGGAUCCCUCGAUGCUGAAGCUUCCUCGGAUGACGCAUCAUGACACGGUUGUAGCCGCUGUUCCCCGAAGGACUUAUGCCAACGCGCAUGCGUAUCACAUCAACAGUAUCUCCGUCAACAGUGAUGGAGAGACCUUCAUCAGCAGCGAUGAUCUGCGAAUCAACCUGUGGAACCUGAACAUCCAAGACCAGAGCUUCAACAUCGUCGAUAUCAAACCCGCGAACAUGGAGGAACUCACGGAGGUCAUCACAGCCGCCGAAUUUCACCCAGUCAGCUGUAACUGGUUCAUGUACGCCAGCUCCAAGGGCACAAUCAAGCUGGCAGAUAUGCGGCAGCGGGCAUUGUGCGACGAACAUUCCAAACUUUUCGAACAAGAGGAAGACGCCUCCUCCCGCUCCUUCUUCUCCGAAAUCAUCUCCUCAAUUUCCGACGUACGAUUCUCGCACGACGGCCGAUACAUCGUAUCGAGGGACUACCUGACUGUCAAGAUCUGGGACGUCAACAUGGAGAGACAACCUGUCAAGACGAUUCCCAUCCACGAGCACCUGCGACCCCGCUUGUGCGACACCUACGAAAACGAUAGCAUAUUCGACAAGUUUGAGGUCGUAUUUUCGGGCGACGCGGAGAACGUGAUGACCGGCAGCUACAACAACAAUUUCAUGAUCUACCCCACCGACCAAAGCAAGGAGACCGAAAUUGUGUUGCAGGCCGACAAGUCGGCUUUCAAGGCCAAGAAGGUUGGUGUCCCGACCCCCAUGAACAAGGGCGCCAAUGGCAAGAAGAAUGGAUCCCGCGCUGGCAGCCCGGCAGGCCCUGGAAGCCGGAUGAAGAAGGAGACCGAUGCGGACCAGAUCGACUUCAACAAGAAGAUCUUGCAUAUGAGCUGGCAUCCUUAUGAGGACAGUAUCGCUAUUGCUGCUACUAACAACUUAUUUGUCUUCUCCGCACUGUAA